AUGCUCCGCACCCUAGGCAACUCAAGUCCACCACCCAUUGCGUUUUUUUUGACCCCUUCCGCCGACGUGGGAUGCCCGAGUCCAUUUUCUUGGACCUCGCACCUUUUCUUCUUCUGCUUUACAGCAAAGAUUGACCAGUGGCCUGUCCUUGCGAUACCAUGGCGGCUACUAACCAAUGUCAAGGCAUCUCUCGAGAUCACAAAGGGAGCCACUGCUGGUGAACCUAUUGCGCUUGACGCCAGCUCCACCGAUUCCUUCAACGACGAGAAUGCCAACCUUCUAGGACCAUUCCCUACCGAGGAGGAAUGGGCAACUCUCCCCAGGGUCGCGGGCCGCAUUCCGUGGCAGGCGUGGACUGUUGCUGCUGUUGAGUUUGUUGAGCGCUUCAGUUACUAUGGAACCAGUGCUGUCUUCGUCAACUUCAUCCAGAAGCCUCUCCCUCCCGGCUCCAAGACCGGCGCUGGAUUCCUCAAGAAGCCCGGAUCCGGUGCUCUCGACAUGGGCCAGCGCGCAUCUACCGGCUUGACCAUGUUUAACCAGUUCUGGUCGUACAUUACUCCUCUCGGUGGCGCCUGGCUUGCUGACGAGUACUGGGGCCGUUACAACACGAUCCAGUACUCCAACCUCAUUGCUGUCAUUGGUCAUAUCAUUCUCAUCAUGUCUGCGAUCCCCGCUGUUAUUGUUAAGCCAAAUGUUGCUAUCGGUGUCUUCGCUGUCGGCCUGGUCGUCAUGGGUCUCGGUACUGGUGGCUUCAAAAGUAAUAUCUCGCCCUUGAUUGCCGAGCAAUACAAGGACCAAAAGGCCUACGUACGCGUGAAGAAGAAUGGAAAGAAGGAGAUUGUUGACCCCGCCACCACAACGGCCAGGAUCUACAUCUACUUUUACUUCCUCAUCAACUGCGGUUCCAUUUGCGGUUCCAUUGCAAUGGUCUACAGCGAACAUUUCGUCGGUUUCUGGCUCUCUUACACCCUCCCCACUAUCUGCUACCUCCUCUGCCCCAUCAUUCUCAUUACCAUGAAGAAGCACUACAAGCUCUCCCCGCCCACAGGUUCUGUCAUGGGCAAAGCCUUCAAGCUGAUUGGUCUGGGUAUCAAGUCGUCUCCCCGCAAGAACACGUUCAAAGACGAUGGUUUCUGGGACCGCAUCAAGCCCAGCGCCAUCCGCGCCAGCGGCAAGUCUGUGCCCGAGUGGAUGACCUUUGACGACGCCUGGGUCGACGAGGUAAAGCGCGGCCUGCUCGCCUGCAAAGUAUUCUUAUGGUACCCCCUCUACUGGCUCGCAUACAACCAGAUGACAAACAACCUCGUCUCCCAAGCCAACACGAUGAACCUCGGCAAAACCCCCAACGACAUCGUCUCCAAGCUGAACCCCAUCUUCAUCGUCAUCUUAAUCCCCAUCAUGGACUUCCUCGUCUACCCCGGCCUGCGAAAAGCAGGAAUUGUACUCUCCCCCAUCAAGAAAAUCACUGCCGGUUUCGCCCUCUCCUCGCUCGCCAUGGUGUCCGCUUGCGUCAUCCAGUACUACAUCUACAGCAUGUCCGCCUGCGGCUCCGACAUCAACCGCCUGAGCAAAACCCGUAAAGACUGCAGCGCCGACAUCUCCGUCUGGGUCCAGGUCUUCCCCUACGGACUCAUCGGUAUGUCAGAGAUCAUGGCGUCCAUCACGAAACUAGAAUACGCAUACACCAAAGCCCCCAACAACAUGAAAUCCACCAUUCAAGCUGUUGCGCUAUCCACGUCGGCCGUUUCUGCAGCCCUCGGACAGGCGUUUGUCAGUCUAUCAGAGGAUCCGCUGCUCGUCUGGAACUAUGGAUCCGUGGCUGUGGUGGCCAUGUUCGGCGGCAUCGGCUUCUACCUGACUUUCCGCAAGGCGGAUAAGAUGGAGGAUGCGAUGAAUAACCUCAAGGAGAGCACGUAUGUGGGUGGUGGCGAGGCUGGUGAUGUGGAGAAUGUGGAUACGGCUAGUGUGAGGGAUGAGAAGAGGGGGUUGUAA